CCAACUUCAAACACUCCUCAUAUAAAGAGAGAGAGAGAGAGAGAGAGAGAUGGCUAGAGAGACGCAGAACAAGAGCAUGUUCAUAGAACAAGCCCAAGAGUCCCUUGAAAAUGCAGAUACUGGCAAGAACUUCGAUGACGACGGUCGCCCCAAACGAACAGGAAGUGUGGUGACUGCAAGUGCACAUAUAAUAACAGCUGUGAUUGGGUCUGGAGUGCUGUCUCUGGCAUGGGCUAUAGCUCAGCUGGGUUGGGUAGCCGGACCGGCAGUUCUGAUGGCCUUCUCUUUCAUCACAUACUUCACUUCCACUCUCCUCGCCGACUGUUACAGGUCUCCUGACCCGGUUACCGGCACCAGAAACUACACUUACAUGGAUGUUGUUAGAGCUCACUUGGGAGGUAUCCAGGUGAAGCUAUGUGGAAUAGCUCAGUAUGGUAAUCUCAUAGGUGUUACAAUUGGAUACACAAUAACUGCAUCUAUUAGUAUGGUGGCAGUGAAUAGGUCAAAUUGUUUCCACAAAUAUGGUCAUCAUGUGAAGUGUUCAACAUCAAACUAUCCCUUCAUGAUCAUAUUUGCCAUCAUUCAGAUCAUUCUCAGUCAAAUACCAAAUUUUCACAAGCUCUCAUGGCUCUCUAUUCUCGCAGCUGUCAUGUCCUUCGCUUAUUCUUCCAUUGGUGUUGGACUCUCCAUUGCUAAAGUAGCAGGAGGUGCACAUGCAAGGACAAGCCUAACAGGAGUGACAGUAGGGGUAGACGUGUCAGCAUCAGAAAAGGUUUGGAGAAGCUUCCAAGCCAUUGGAGACAUAGCAUUUGCUUAUGCUUACUCCACUGUUCUCAUCGAGAUACAGGACACACUAAAAUCACACCCUCCGGAGAACAGAGUGAUGAAGAAAGCUUCACUAGUGGGAGUUUCAACAACCACCCUCUUCUACGCCUCUUGCGGUUGUCUUGGCUAUGCUGCUUUUGGAAACAAUGCACCUGGAAAUUUCCUCACUGGGUUCGGUUUCUAUGAGCCUUUCUGGCUAAUCGACUUUGCUAAUGUUUGCAUUGCUGUUCACCUAAUCGGUGCCUACCAGGUUUUUUGCCAACCCAUAUUCGCAUUCGCAGAGAGCCGUUGUCACAAGCGCUGGCCAGAUCGCAAAUUCAUAACAAGUGAGUAUGCCGUAAAAAUCCCAUUUUGGGGUGCCUAUUACAUCAACCUCUUCAGAUUGGUGUGGCGAACAACAUACGUAAUAUUGACAGCAGUGCUAGCCAUGAUAUUCCCUUUCUUCAACGACUUCCUGGGCUUGAUCGGUGCAGCGUCAUUCUAUCCAUUAACUGUGUAUUUCCCCAUAGAGAUGCACAUUGCACAGUCAAAAAUACCCAGGUUCUCAUUCACAUGGAUUUGGCUGAAAAUCCUCAGUUGGGCUUGCCUUGUCAUAUCGCUAGUAGCUGCUAUUGGAUCAAUUCAGGGACUAGCUGUAGCUCUCAAGACAUACAAGCCCUUCAAAACUCAGAAUUAACUAAUAUUUGUACUAUUAACUAAAAUGCAAUGUGAUCUGUAAUUGAUGAGACUCCUUUGCUUGCUACUCGAAAUGUAUGACAAUUUGGAAGCACAUCUAAAUAGUAUAAAAGCACAAUCAGUUUGAGUAUUA